AUGAACCCGUCGUACCCGUCUCUAGGACUGCCUUCCAGUGGCAUGCCGCCUCCUCCAGGAGGAGCUCCCCGUGCUCAGCGACCUGGUACCAGUGGCAAUCCAAACUACUUUACUGACAAAAAGAAGGGCGAAGUGAACGAGCUCAAGAAUCUCCUGCGGGAGGUGACGGUCGAGAAGGAUGUGAAGCGCAAGCGCGAGAUCAUCAAGAAGGUCAUCGCCUACAUGACGCUGGGCAUUGACGUCUCGCGUCUCUUCAGUGAGAUGGUGCUCUGUGUCGACACAAAGGACCUCAUUUCCAAGAAAAUGGUGUAUCUCUACCUCACAAACUACGCGCAGAAGAACUCGGAGCUUGCCAUUAUGUGCAUCAACACGCUUCUGAAUGACUGUCGCAAUGAAGAUCCAAUGGUGCGCGGCCUCGCGUUGCGGUCGCUGUGCUCGCUCCGGCUGGAUUCCAUCCUUGAGUACAUCCACGAUCCGUUGCAGGCAUCGCUCACGGACACGAGCGCGUAUGUCCGAAAGACGGGUGUCAUUGGCAUCUUGAAGGUCUACUCGCUGAAUCCGGAGCUGAUUAAGGAGAGUGACAUGAUCGACACGCUGUACAACAUGAUCCGCGAUCGUGACCCGCAAGUGGUUUCCAACUGUUUAGUUGCGCUGAACGAGAUCAUGGCGGACGAAGGCGGCAUUGCGAUCAAUCAGCCUAUUGUGAUGCACUUGCUCGGUCGCAUUACGGACUUUAACGAGUGGGGGCAGUGCAAUAUCUUGCAGAUUGUCGCAAAGUACAAAGCCGGUGGACCGGAUGAGGUAUUCACGAUCAUGAACACGCUGGAGCAGUGUCUGCGCGUCUCGAGCAGCGCUGUCGUGCUGGGUACGGCCAAGUGCUUUUUUAAUCUCACGCAGACUCGUGGGAUGGAACAGAUCCAAGACCAAGUAUUUGAACGCAUGCGACAACCCUUGCUUACGUUGAUGGCGGGCGGUAGUCACGAGAUCAAUUACUGCGUACUACACCACAUCUUGCUGCUGGUGGGGAAGAAGCCGCAAGUGUUCAGCCGUGACUAUCGUCAAUUUUACAACCGAUACAACGAGCCCACACAUGUUAAGUAUGUUAAGAUCGACAUCUUGGCUCUAGUCGCUGAUGGUGCUAACGUGGCUGACAUUGUCACGGAGCUGAGUGAGUAUGUGACGGACGUGGACCAGGAGCUGGCUCGACGUGCUAUCCAUGCGAUUGCAGACAUUGCGGUGAGUCCGAAUCUGUCUGUAAACACGGUGCUACAUCAGUAUCCGGGCGGAGGCAAUGUGCCAGAAGCGUAUGGCCAGCUAGCGGCUGAGCAACUUGUUGAGCAGAUGCAAGAUCACAUAAUGGAUACUAUGGUAGACUUCUUAGAGUUGGACCUCGACUAUGUACGCGAUGAGAGUCUAGUGGUCAUGAAGGACCUGUUGCGCAAGUACCCAGAAAAGCGUCACGACAUUUUGCCUGUGCUCGCUCGCAUUAUUGCGGCAGUAGCACAGCCUUCUGCAAAGGCUGCAGUUAUAUGGAUGCUAGGCGAGUUUGGUCAAGAUCUUCGACGUGCGCCGUAUGUUCUCGAGAAGCUCAUCGACACCUUCAAUGACGAGGCUGCCCCAUCUGUUUUGCUUGAACUGCUCGUUGCGACGAUGAAGCUGUUCUUCAAGCGUCCUCCAGAGAUGCAAAGCAUGCUUGGUCGAUUGCUUGAAUCUGCUAUAAAUGACUCCAACCACCAGGACGUGCGUGACCGUGCAUUGCUCUACUACCGGUUACUCGCGCAGCAACCCACGGAACAGGCGGCAGCUAUUGUGGCGCAGUUCCGUACGGAGGAGACGGUUAGCGUGUUUGCAGAGUCUGUUGAGUCAGACUUGAAGGACAAGCUGUUCCAAGAAUUCAACUCGCUUGCUGUUGUCUACAGCAAACCCAGCGAACUCUUUGUGUCGGCCUCGCACCUGGCUGGAACUGCUGCACCUCUUGAUGACGAUGAAGACGAGGAGAACGAGGAAGACGAAACGUACGACAACGAAGCUCCCAAGCAGCAACAGCAGCAGGUGCAACACCAGCAGCAACAGCGCAAUACGGUGCCACCUUCACAGCCUUCGUCCAUGCCCAACUUGGAUCUGUUAGACAUGGACUUCAGCCCAUCUCCAAGUGGUCCUCUGCCGCAAGCGGCAGGCUCCACUUUGGCUUUGGUUCCGACGCCAGUCAUGGAUGCGCCCAUGUUCCAGAGCCAAUGGAGCAGUCGGCCUGUGGUGGCUGAAGUCGUGGUUCAGUUGCCGAUCCUGCCGCCGCAGAACGAGCUGGAGCAGGCGUUUGCAUCGCACGGCAUCGUGACGAUCGCCUCGGGUGACGUUGGUCCACAGUACAAGUUUUUUUUCUACGCUCAAGACACGCAGGGUCGCUACUUUUUGUCCGAGACAUUCGUCGAGAAGGCCACCCGUACCUUGCGGGCUACGAUCAAGGGCAUCGAUGAUGGGUCAGGGUCUCAAUUCGCUGACGUUAUGCGUCGUGUCCUCUUCGGUUAA